AUUAGUCUUUUUUACUAUUUUCAACAAUCGUUGUACUACUGAAUUGUUUUGCACUAUACAUAUAGCAAUUGUAAUACUUUAAAACAAAUUGCACUGCUAGCCAGAGUUCAAAUGAAACGGCUAUACCCCUUUGAAGCGUUUACACGAAAUUGAAUAUCUCGGAAACUAGAAACCAGCUUCCCGUAUGCAGUAUAGUUUUAGCCUAUAUGGCAGGAUGAUGAUUUCGUUGGUAAUUCUGCUAGAGAUGGCAACUAGUCUUAUGAAUGACCUUUUUGAAAACCCAACGACCAAGUGCAAAGCUAGCUCUACUCCGCUCCCACCAUCCCUCCCACCUUCCGUUUAUGAUUACGCUUAUGGCGAGAGCAUUCAAGAAUGGGGUGACAUCAGUGCGUUUUGUAACGGCAAACUGCAGAGCCCUAUCGCGUUGUACACGAAGUCCUCGAUGCCGGUUGCCAACGUUCCGCCACUGUUUCUCUCGGGCUCUCGGCAAAAUCCUAAGAAAGUGACCGUGCAGAACACUGGGAAGACAGUGAUGUACGAAUUCGAGUUCCUGAGGCCAAUCAUCGCACGUGGAGCUGCCCUGGACGGUGAGUUUCAGUUCAAUCACAUACACUUUCACUGGGGCUCAACCUCGAAUGAAGGGGCCGAACAUGAAGUCAACGGUCAGCGAUUUCCGCUGGAAAUGCACCUGGUGUUUUUCAACAAGAUCUACGGAACAAUCGAAAAGGCCAUGCCCUCGUCAAAUGGGUUGGCUGUUAUCGGAGUGAUCUUCCAGAUAGAUGAACGGUCAAACGUAACCUACCCGUGGUUGACGCCGAUGGCCAACGUUCGGCUGGCCGGAACCAUCUACAAGCUGCCGAACCCAGCAGCGUUCAACGUAGAUGCCCUGAUUGGAAGCACCAGGACGCACUACUUCUCGUACAAAGGAAGUCUGACGAAUCCACCGUGCUACGAAACCGUCACGUGGAUGGUGAUGCGAAAACGACUUCCAGUGCGGGAAGAUCAAUUGGCCACAUUUCGGGCGCUGUUGCAGUCUUACGGCCAGCCCCUCGUGAACAACCACAGACCGCUGCGAGAACUCAACGGGCGACGCGUUUUGCUGUAUCGUGGAUCAGUGUAGUUUGAGGUUUUGUUACAUUUUCAACACCUAAAAUCUGAGCUUGUCAGUAAAAGGGCUACUAAAUAGACAGAUCGACAAAAAGGCGUGGCUUCCAGAGAUAACUUGACCAAUGUUUUAUGACCUUUAAUUUAGGAUUUAUAAUUAUUUGAUUGAAUGAUUGAUUGAUUGAUGGUUUGUUUAUUUGAUCAAUUAUUGAAUAGUCCGUCUUCUAAACUUGGCUAUAGCUAAAUAUAGUAGAUUACCAGCCCAGUUAUUUCAGCACCCAGCUAGAAAAAAAAAUCCGAACGAGUGCCGUAAUCUGGGGUGAAUCGGGACUACAGUCUGAAUAGGGACAGCAGUUUUUAGUGCACUUAAAGCUUUUAAAUUUGGAAAUGGAUGUACAUGGAUUUUGUUGGCCUGAGUCUGCUCUAACCGAAAUCAACCAGAAAAAUCAAAAUAUUGUGCUCCAACAUGGUUAAAACUGCUGUCCCAAUUCGCCCCAUGUGUCCCGAUUGACCCCAGUUUACGGUGCUUUACUUAACGAAUACUGCCCAAUAACCGCAAACACCACACAAACUCUUAAAUGAUAUGAUGACGAUGAUAUACGAAAAUAAAUUCCUGAAAAGUACUUUAUCUAUGCCCUUUUUAUAUCACUGGGAUACAGACUAGAGCAGGCCUGCCCUAACGUUUUGGCUCAAUUUUCACAAUUUUGAUCGUCAAAAUAACAUUUCUAGACUUUUUUCAUGGAAUCGGUUCUCAAAUGACCAGUGAACAUAACUUUGCCAAAAUUUUGAAAAAAAUCAUUAUACAUGUCGUUUUUAUUAACAUUUUACAUCAAAAACGAAAACAAACAAAGAAAAAUCAUAUGGUCAGCAAAACCUCAGUACCGUAAAACGGGGUGACUUUGAUAGCCGGGGUAACUUUGAUAGGUUUGAGAUUUUUCCGCAAAAUGAAGAGUACAAAUUAAAUACGUACGGAAUGGUUCAGAAUCAUACUGACCGUGGUAGAGAAGUGUUCAAAGUACCUCAAGAAGAACUUUUCAUAAAAUUUUGAAAAAUUCGAAUAAGUUAGUUAACUAUAGUUAAGAAAAUGUUGAUGAAAGUCAUUAUUUUAAACUUUCCAAAGUGUCAUGAUUUUCUCAAUGGACAUGACUUUGAAUUGGAAAACAGAAAGCA